AAGUUAAAAAUAUAAAAAAAUAAAAUAAAAAAAGCACUCGCGCACAAUGGUCUUCGCCUUCGGGUCCAAGAACUGUGUGUUUCCAGCUAGACUCACAUUCACCCAAAGCAGAUAAUAAAACAGGGAACCAUAAAAGAGCAACACUCAACACACAUAAAAAAUGGCCGCCGCCGCCAUUAACUCCGGCCUACGCUCUUUCCUCGUUAACGGUACUCAACGACCAUUCACUCCCUCUUUCUUUAGACAACUCUCAAUACCCACCUACCCUUUCCUCCCCAAUACCUGCCCUCCUUCCUGUCGCCCCUUUUGUUCUGUCUCCCCGUUAACCACAUCCCAACAAGACGAAACUUUUCACAACUCGAACAGUAAAACCCCACCCAAUAUCCUCCACAUUCUUGAACAACGAGGGCUAUUAGAAUCAGUAACUAGCGACUCCCUUCGCGACCCGAAUUUGGGUCCAUUAAAAGUCUACUGUGGGUUUGACCCGACUGCCGAAAGCUUACACCUUGGUAAUCUCUUAGGUAUAAUUGUGCUUUCUUGGUUUUUACGUUGUGGCCAUAAUGCUGUUGCGCUUAUUGGUGGUGCUACGGGUCGGGUCGGUGACCCAUCUGGGAAGAGUAUAGAACGACCCGAACUUGAUUUAGCUACACUUGAGAAGAAUGUGAAUGGGAUUGGUGGGAUUGUUAAGAAGAUUUUGGAAUGCACACCAAAUGUUUGUGAAAAUGCCGGAGAGGUAGAAAUUUUGAAUAAUUAUGAUUGGUGGAAGGACGUGAAGUUUUUGGAUUUUUUGAGGGAUGUAGGGAGGUAUGCGAGAGUUGGAACGAUGAUGUCGAAGGAAAGUGUGAAGAAAAGGUUGGAAAAUGCGGAGCAAGGGAUGAGUUAUGCUGAGUUUACGUAUCAACUUUUACAAGGUUAUGAUUUUGUGCAUUUGUAUGAAAAGGAAGGUGUUAAUGUGCAAAUUGGUGGUAGUGAUCAAUGGGGUAACAUUACUGCUGGUACUGACCUUAUUCGUAGGAUUAUUGGAAAAAAUUCCGAAAAUGGAGGUGUCGCUGGCAAUGUUCCGGCUGUUUACGGGCUUACGUUUCCUUUGCUUCUCAAGAGUGAUGGUACUAAGUUUGGAAAAUCAGAAGAUGGUGCAAUCUGGUUAUCGCCUUCUCUUUUGUCGCCAUAUAAGUUUUAUCAGUACUUCUUUUCAGUCCCGGAUGAUGAUGUAGUGAGGUUUCUUAAGAUUCUUACGUUUUUGAGCAUCGAAGAGAUUGCGGAGAUUGAGAGGGAUAUGGGAAAACCUGGAUAUGUUCCCAACACAGCUCAACGUAGGCUGGCUGAGGAGGUUACGCGGUUUGUUCAUGGACAAGAGGGGUUGGAAGAGGCUCUUAAGGCUACAGAGGCAUUGAAGCCUGGAAAUGCCGAUACCAAAUUGGAUUGGAAAACAAUUGAGGGUAUUGCAGCUGAUGUUCCAUCUUGUUCCAUGAAUUAUGAUCAGGUAUUAAACAUACCGAUCUUGGAUCUUUGUGUGUCCAGUGGUUUGCUUGAAAGCAAAUCAGCUGCACGACGAAUGCUUAAGCAAGGGGGACUUUACUUGAAUAAUACCAAAGUUGAUAGUGAGAGUAAGAAGAUUGAGGCAGGUGACAUUGUGGAUGACAAAGUUAUCCUUUUGUCUGCAGGGAAAAAGAACAAGAUGGUUGUAAGAAUAUCCUGACCUGCUAUUGUUCGUCUGAAUGUCUGCUUGUGUUCGUGUGUAAGGAUGGUUGUCGCUAAGCAUAGUUGUUUUUGAUUCAUAUGUUUAAAUGACAGUUCCAAUAUUAUCAUUCUGAGUUGGACGAGAUACAGAAUUUUACCUGAUAUGCAUAUGGCAGAACAAGAGGAAGAGUGUUGAAAGGAUGUGAGAGAUCUACAGUACCACAACGGAAACUUUUUCCUCUUCCCUUGGUAUUUUUAUGUAAUUAUUUAGACAAAUAAUGGUCUCAGUCGGGGACAAACUUGAGUUAUACAAGCUUUAAGAAUUAUUUGGACUAUUGUCAAAUCCUUUUAAUUGUCAAAAGGUCUUGCUUGCUUUUUUGUUUAGACAGGCGUGGUAUGUUAUUGCAGUUAAGAGGAGGACUCUUAUUUGUGGUUCGACAUUAAGGCUUUCA